AUGGAUCUGCCGUCGCCGGCGCCCGGCGGCCCAGCCGCCCGGUUCGGUGAGAGGGACCUGGUGACGUCGGGUCACCUCCGUCACGUGGAGUCCAUGGCUCAGCUCCCCUCCGGGGCCGGGCGGAUCUCCCACCUGAACGCCGUCGUCCUUGGCGAGUCCCUCGCUUCAGAGGAGCAUGACCUGGUCUUCCCCAGCCCUGAGUUCUCGUCCCAGGCGCUGUUGUCGUCCCCGGAGCAGUACGGUGCAAUGUACCGCCGCUCCAUCGAGGAUCCCAGCGGCUUCUGGUCCGAGAUCGCGAAGGAGUUUUACUGGAAAAAGGGAUGGGGCGAUGGCCCCAUCGUGGAGCAGAACCUCGACGUUCGCAAGGGCACCGUGAAGAUCGAGGUCCGUUGGCUCUAUGAACUGCUGCACAACCUCUUGGUCCGAUCUGUUCGGGUAGUGAUCCUUGUUUGGUAUGUGUUGGGUUGCAGUGGUUUAAAGGCGCGACAACGAACAUAUGCUACAAUGCUCUGGACAGGAUCAUUGGAAGAGGUGAUGGGAACAAGAUAGCACUCUACUGGGAGGGGAACGAGCCUGGGCACGAUGCGAAGCUUACUUACAACGAGCUGCUGGAGAAAGUCUGCCAGGUAUUCUGUUCUUUCCCACCUUUUCUCCAUUGACAGGUAGUUUUUGUUGUUGGAAUGUUGGUUGCGAAUGAACAAAUCUCUCUCUCUCUCUCUCUGGUGCUCUGUUUCGGACUUUGAUCUGAUGGGGAAGGUGGAUUUUUUUUCAUGUUUGCAAUGGCAGCUUGCUAAUUACUUGAAAGAUAUCGGCGUGAAGAAGGGUGACGCGGUGGUUAUUUAUCUGCCGAUGCUGAUGGAGCUACCAAUCGCAAUGCUGGCGUGUGCUCGCAUUGGUGCUGUGCACUCUGUACGGUGACAGUUUAUCAGUAGAAGUCUUGAUGCGCUAGGUAGAAGAGCUGGGAUCUGGAUGCUUCGAGCCUUUCUUCUCAUCUAUUUGCCUCUUCCCCUCUUUCCAGGUUGUUUUUGCUGGGUUCUCUGCGGAGUCACUCGCCCAGAGGAUCCUUGAUUGCAGACCGAAAGUUAUCAUAACCUGCAAUGCUGUUCGACGAGGCCCAAAGGUCAUACAUCUCAAGGAUAUCUCCGAUGCUGCUCUCCUUGAAUGUGUAAAUAAUGGCGUCUCAGUAGGUAUGCGACUUGAAAAUUCUUCUUACUUUUGGUCUCUUGAAAAGCUUCUCUUUAACAUUUCAGGGAUCUUAUUAAAUAGACGGUUACUAUUACCCUGGCGAGGGAGAAACUCUUAUGUCAUUAUCUUCUUCUCCACUCUCGGGGGAAGGAAAAUGGAGGGAAAACAUAAACAAAAUGGAAUCUUUCUGUAAAGGGCAAGCUGAAUCGUUCCCAAGAGAGAGUAAGAAACUACGAGUUAUACUUGGAGGAGCUCAAGACAUGACAGGAAGCGUACCAUUUUAGUGAAAGUCAGCCCCGCAAAUAUGACAUCUGGCGACAAUUCUAUGAAUACAAAACGUUUUUGAGCAGCUGGUUGUUCAUGAACCACAUAAAGCAAUGGCCAUAUAUUUCCAUGGCCAAAGUCCCCACCGAUGUUUAGCUGGGGGGAGGGAAAUGAUGUCGUGUCAUUUCAGUAACUACUAAAAGUUCUCCUGUCUUGAUCAAUACUGUUAAAAAAGCUAGAUCAUGGCUUAUUUACCUGCAUCUAAAUAAUUCUCAUGUCUCUUUGGUCAUCAUGGUGAAAGGCUAUUUUCUGUUAUUUCAUGCUUAUUAUUCUCCCGGUGAACAGGAGUAUGCUUGACAUAUGAGAACCAGUCGGCCAUGAAGAAGGAGGCAACCAAAUGGGUGGAAGGAAGGGACAUCUGGUGGCAGGUGAAUACCGUCCUUAACCCACCCCUGUAGACGUGGGCACAUAUUUUGGAGCAUAAUAACGGAUAAUCUGAAGAUAUUUGUUAGUUUUAUCAUGUUCAAAACGGCCAAAAAAGGCUUGAAGAAACUAUCGAUAUUUUUUAGAAAUAUGUAAUGACUUAACUAUUUUUGAGAGUUCUAUCCAUAGUUUUCAUCUUUAAAUACUGUUUUUUUAGAACAGAAUCUUAUAACCAAAAAUUGGAUUAUUUGGUCUAUAAUUGAAAUAAGAUAACUGAAAAAAGAUAUUACUUAAAUUACUUUAUCUGACAAUCCCUUGUUUAACAAACUAAUUUUAUUAAUCUUUCUUGAUCAAUCCCUUUGUCCCUCAUUGUUCGAGAAUAAGAAAGAUCCGUUUCGAGUUUUAAUUUGUUCAUUUGGAAUUUGGGUUUAGGAUGUGACCCCCAAAUAUCCUACGACCUGUGCUGUGGAGUGGGUAGAUGCGGAAGAUUCCCUAUUUCUCUUGUACACCAGUGGUAGCACUGGAAAACCAAAGGUAAUCACCUUCUUCCAUUAUCUUUGCUAUUGGGUUGCUUCUGGUUCGUUCAGAAGAUGUAAAUAGAAAGUACUUUUGCAGGGUGUUUUGCAUACGACGGGGGGUUAUAUGGUAUAUACUGCCACUACAUUUAAAUAUGCAUUUGACUACAAACCUUCGGAUAUUUACUGGUAUGAUCUGCAGGGAUUCUUGAUAUCAAUUUGCUUGGAUCUUGUUGCUUAGUCGAAUGACUUUGUAUUCUUCACAUCUGAAAAUAGGUGCACUGCUGACUGCGGAUGGAUCACUGGACACAGCUAUGUGACAUAUGGUCCUUUUCUUAAUGGAGCUAGCGUUUUGGUCUUCGAAGGGGUAAUGGGCACUACUACAACCCUGGUUUUAUUCUAUGUACUAAUUGUAUUAGGAAGGGGAAACCUUGUAGUAAAUCUAAAAUAUUUUCGUAAAUUUAUUUAUCCUCUUGUAUUGAAAUCAAAAAGAUCUUCUUACCAUGCUUUACUUGUUAUCCAUAAUUGCCUUUCGACAGCCUUGCUUUAGCUGUGUUUCCUCGUGUGUAUCACCUAAUUUCCUCAUGGAUAGGCUCCAAACUAUCCAGAUGCUGGUCGCUGUUGGGACAUUGUUGAUAAGUACAAAGUAACUCUUUUCUACACUGCUCCGACACUAGUACGAUCCCUCAUGCGUGAGAAAACUGAGGUAAUACAUAAUACUUUAUAUACUUCAUUUCACAUUUCUCUUACGAUGACAAGCACGUGCUGUUUCAUUGGAGGGAGAACAAUCCACAUUCAUCCUUCAUGUUGAAAUUUCCUGUCAGUGUCCAUUUAUCCCUUUGUCUCAGAAUAUGGAAAUAGUUAAGAUUAACCUAUUUAGGUUUUUUUUAAUUUUGAUAAAUCCUGUGUAUGUUUCUUCAAUUAUAAUCAUUUUAUUUUCUCCUCAUGCUUUUUCCAUGUGAAACUAUGCAUUAUGAUUUAACAUCCGGUUUUAGAGAACUGAAGGAUGCAUGAACGUUCUCACCCAUGCCAGUUUUCCUUUUUUCUAGUGAGAAACAUUUUCUUUUUUUUCAAUUUUAAGCAUUCAUUUCCCUUUUGAAAAUUCCACAAUUUUUUAUUCAUUUUCCUUUUCCCAGGAUUUUCAACUUUUAUAUAAAUUUAGGAUAACUUCCUGCGACAUGGUCUGCCCUCAAGAAUCACGAGAUUUUAUAAUGUGCUUGUCCUUUGGGAUUCAGUUGUCUACUUCUCUAAUUGAUUUCAGGGAUGCUAGAUAUGUUCUUAAAACACAAGGAUACUAAGGCUGAAAGGAAGAUCUUCAAAACUUGUCCUGUCAAUUCCCAAUGUUCAAGCAACUGAUAGAGAUUUUAGAAACCCGCAGGCUGGAUGCAAUGUCGAAUUUUUGCCCCUGAUUUUUCCACUUCAAAAAUCAGUAGUGUAGGCCAUGAGGCUUGACUAUUAUUGCAAAAUAGGAAAAACCAUUAAUUAGUGUCUUGUACGCCUAUAUUAAGACCUUCUGAUUGCCUUGACAGAGUAGAGACCUAACAUGCCAAAAAUCAUUCCCUAUCGGGCAGCUUAUUUAUACCCAUGCUGACGUUUUCUGUAGAGUUUUCUGGGUCAAGUUUUGUGCAUUGUAUUCUGUCUAUGGUGUCUCAGACAUGCAAUUGAAGAGUUUUUUGGAAGUUCGGAAAGGUUCAUUGUUACUGAUUACACAAUAUUCUAUGCAUCCGCGGUGUUGUACGUGGAUUUACCAGAAGGAAGGGACAAUUUUCUCCUUGUUCUUGCUGGUCGGCCUUGCCCACGCUUCAGUUAAUGGUUGUCGUAUUUCUUCUGUUCUCUCUUAGUGCUCGCUCCUAUCAGUGGCUUUUGCAGCUUCCCCAUUUCUUCACUGAUAAACGGUAGGAGUUGCUUCCGAACAUAAUAAUGAGGCAGAAUAUCUUGGUCUCUGAAUCGAGAAAACCUUGCGGUUAGCAUUUCUUCUUCAAGGUUCGGGAUGUCUCCCAUAGUUCAUCAGUAUGAUAAUUAUGUAAUCUUUAAAACAAAAGGACCACGGAAGCUGGGAAAGUAUACUGGGAGGCUAUUUGUUUGCGAGAGAGGUCUUCGGAUGGAGCCAUGAGUUUUUGUGGGAGAAUAGACCAAAUCAGAGAUAAAUGUAAGUUAAUAUAAUAUCCACGACCAUUGAAUUUUAUUCGUAUGCUAGCGGGUCAGUCUACAUUUGUCGCCGCAUGUUUUCUGUUCCUUGGAAAUAUGCUAUCAACUUAUGUCAUCCUUCAUAUAAAGUGGCACAGAAGAUCGCUCCAUUCAUGCCAAUGAGCAGAAUAGAAAUCGAAGAAUUCGGUUGGAAAGUUUAGGAGGGAACUUGUCUGGAGACCUCUUCUGACGUCGUAGCCUGUAGCAGCUGCCAACUCUACCAUGAGCAUGCCUGAAAAUUGCCAGGAGAAUGGGCUUCGAAUGAUGAUAUUCCUGCUCUCAGGCUCCCUUUCUGUGGUCCUGCUCCUUCUCGUGGACGGAGUCUGUGUACUAUCAUAAACAGGGUACGAUGAACAGUUUCCUAGGUUUUGAUGAAAACACCGACCUUCACUCAGGGAAGCCCACAAAAUCGCUCCCAUUUGACAUCCCAGGUUCCAAGAAGAGAAUCGAUAUCGUUUUGUCUGUGCGCUUUGGCCAUCUCAGAAAAAAGCAUGAAUCCGCCCAUUCUUCAUCCGAUUGAGCACGCUGAGGAGAUGAUGAAGAAGGAAAGAAACCCACCCAUAAUACUUUUCCUGUUCCCUCCCAUUCAAAAUCUGUUUCUGCUCAAUUCUAAAUUGCUCUUGUUGACGAUCUGCUCUCGGUAUGUGGCGAUGCAGUACGUGACUCGCGCCUCUCGGAAGUCGCUGAGGGUCCUGGGCAGCGUGGGAGAACCCAUUAACCCAAGCGCCUGGAGGUGGGUUGCUUCCCCGCCGCCCUUCUAUUCUAUGCCUGUGAUCCUUUUAUUUAGAGGGUCUUCUCAUAGAGUCUGUUCUAUGCCUUACAGGUGGUUCUUCAACGUCGUCGGAGACUCGCGCUGCCCCAUUUCGGAUACCUGGUGGCAGACUGAAACGGGUGGCUUCAUGGUGAUUCGAUUUCUCCCCGGAAAAACUUUUAAUUUCAGAUCCAGCGGCUGCUCUGGCUUCUGGGAUUUCAAUCCACUGUUUGACUCUUGUUUCUGCAGAUCACCCCCCUGCCAGGUGCGUGGCCUCAGAAGCCCGGCUCGGCGACCUUCCCCUUCUUUGGUGUCCAGGUGGGGAAAAAAUCCUCCUCUCAGAAACAGAGAGUAAGGAAUGAAAUCUAUCUGCACCAGUGUGAUUAAGAAAUGUCUGUGAUCGCAGCCGGUGAUCGUCGACGAGAAGGGGAACGAGAUCGGCGGCGAGUGCAGCGGCUACCUCUGCAUCAAGAGCUCAUGGCCCGGUGCAUUCCGGACCCUCUACGGCGACCACGAGCGCUACGAGACCACCUACUUUAAGCCCUUCCCCGGCUACUACUUCACCGGUGACGGCUGUAGCAGGUUCUCCACCUCUCUCAUCUUCUUCCCUCUCCUCUCUCUCUCUUUUUCAACUUCUUCACUUCGCACUUUUCCGAUGCCGGCCCAGGGAUGGCGACGGCUACCACUGGCUCACUGGGAGGGUCGACGACGUCAUCAACGUCAGGUACCAACUCGAAAUCCCUCCUCUUCAUUCUUGGUUGCAGAGAAGGAAGGUGGGUGGUUGCUGGUUGUGGUGUGGUGUGGGUUUUAAUUGGCGGAGCUUCUGUUUCCUCUUCCCUCCCACGCAGCGGGCACCGGAUUGGCACCGCGGAGGUGGAGUCGGCGCUGGUCUCCCACCCGCAGUGCGCAGAGGCGGCGGUCGUCGGCGUCGAGCACGAGAUCAAGGGACAGGGCAUCUACGCCUUCGUUACCCUCAUCGACGGCGUCCCCUACAGCCAGGAACUCCGCCAGAGCCUCGUCCUCGCCGUCCGAAGCCAGGUUCGUCCUCUGUCUGCCCCUUUCUUCCGAGAUCCUUAGAAAGCAGUAGUGGUGAUGAUCGCCGGAGCGGGGCCGUUGGCGCGGCGGCUGUGGGUGGCGCAGAUCGGGGCGUUCGCGGCGCCGGACAAGAUCCACUGGGCGCCGGGACUUCCGAAGACGCGGAGCGGGAAGAUCAUGCGGAGGAUACUGCGGAAGAUCGCCUCGCGGCAGCUGGACGAGCUCGGCGACAUCAGCACCCUCGCUGACCCCAGCGUCGUUGACCAGCUUAUCGCCCUCACCGACUCCUGA